AUGAAUAAAAUACGCGCGGUUAUACCAUCAUGGAGGAAAAAGUGAGUGGUACUGUAGAUUUAGGGUACUGUAGGUAGGGGUACUGUAAGGAGGAGAUAAGUGAACUUUAAUCUAGUUAGGAUUACUGUAAGGCCGAAAAUUUGUUUCAAAACUACACUGUAGUCAAGUCUCUAGAGACUGAAUUAGAGAUUUUGGAAAAAAUUUUUAAUGUUGAGUUGAGGUGAGAGAUACUGUAGUGUAUAUUCUAACCUAUAUUACUAUUAAAACUACACUCUAGUUUGGGUUACUGUAGGUUUUGAAUCUAUGGAAUUGUGGGUUUUUGAUAAAUUCAAAAUUCUAGAGAUUUCAAACUACACUCUAGUUCAGGUUACUGUAGAUUUUGGAUCAUUUUCUAGUUUUCGAAACUAUACUUUUCCCUAAAUUCUGAGGUUACUGUACAUUUUAAAGGAACAUAGCUACUUGUUUCAAAUUCAUCACUAAAAAUGAGAAACUACACUCUAGUUUGGAUUACUGUAUUGCAUGAUCUUUGGAAAUUCUAGAUUCCUACAGUAACCUCCAAAUUUCAAUAGCCAAACUAGAGUGUAGUCUACAGUAAUCCACCGUACUCUUUUUUUGCAGAAACUACUAUGAUGAAGAGGGUUAUUCGAGCUCAUCAGAGCUCUCAAAAACCCUCUCCGAUUCGCAAUUUAUUCUGCGGCCCAGCUCGAAUUAUUAUUCUGUAAGUCUUUUUGCUCCAAGAGCUCCAAGACCUGAAAUGUGCAAUUUUUGUUACAGUUUUCCGAGGGUACUGUAAGUUCGGCAAAGUCUCGAGAUUUCGAAGCGGAUUCUGAAUCGAAUGCUCCUCCAAAAUUCCGAGAAAAUUCGAAAAAUAUCCCAAAAAUGAUGCCAACCCUGACUUCAAUUCGACAUUUUAUGACUGAACAUUAUGAUGAUUUGACUACGAUAGAAGAGAUGACUACGGUAGAUCAAGAGGGUACUGUAGAUGAAGAGGAAGAAGAGGAGGAUACUGUAGUUGAGGAUAUUGAAGAGUAUUAUGAAGAAUAUGACGAGGAAGAGGAGGAUGAUGAUACUACGGUAACCCCCUUUAAAAAAUGUGCAUUGCUCAUAUUAUAAUUUCAGAUCGAUGUUCCUUUAACACGAAAAGUUGGGGAAUUUAAGAAUUCGAGCUUCCGAAGUUUUCCAUUUUCAUAUCGAAUUGUGGAGAGUGAGAUGAAUAAGCUUUUUGAUAUGUUGCAGGUGGAUGAACAGAUUCCGAGGUGAGUUAAGCAGUCCCAAAAUUCUCUGCUUCUCUGCGUCUCUCACAAAUACUACAGCGAGAGAUAGUUAAGCAGUCCCAAAAAAAUAAGCAGUCUCAAAAAAAUAAGCAGUCCCAAAAAAUAAGCAGUCCCAAAAAAUAAGCAGUCCCAAAAAAUAAGCAGUCCCAAAAUUCUCUGCUUCUCUGCGUCUCUCGUGAAAUGUACAGCGAAAGAUAGUUAAGCAGUCCCAAAAAAAUAAGCAGUCCCAAAAAAUAAGCAGUCCCAAAAUUCUCUGUUUCUCUGCGUCUCUCGUGAAAUGUACAGCGAGAGAUAGUUAAGCAGUCCCAAAGUGAAAAUACUCUUUGGGACUGCUUAACUAUCUCUCGCCAUAGGUUUUUUGAGAGACGCAGAGAAGCAGAGAAUUUUGUGUCUGCUUAUUUUUGUGCAUUGUCUGCCUUGUGAGCAAAAAAUCAUGAGUUAUCAAAAUCGGUUCAUUUUUUUCAAAAUUCAGAUCAAAAGUGUAAUGUUUCUAUUGUGCUUGUGCUGUCAAAUGUUAGUUGUUGAGGGAGUCUGAUUUCAGUUUUAAAAGCCCUUGAUUAUUGUCUAGAAGUACUGUAGUAUAGAUACAGUAGUCUCCACAAAUACCUGUAAUAUUUGAGAUAACAUAGAAAAUCGGUUAAAAAACAAAACUAACCUUAUAUUAUAUAAAUAACCGGCCCGAGCUGGGAAUAAACUUAGGGUAGCCCAUAAUCAAUUAAGGUUAUCCGUUAAAAGUAGAACAUCAGGAGCAUUAGUCGACUCUUCUUCGAUGUAGUCAGAGCGAUUAUUAAAUGUUCUGAUGAUUAUUAUCUUGUUUGACCAUCUGCUGAUGUUAAAUAUUUUAAAAAUAUGUAGAAAAAAAGUACUGUAGUGUAGAUACAGUUGUGUCCAAAAAUAUACAAAUGAAUAUUUUUUUUAGAAAAUAAAUAGGUCACAUGAAAAGGGCGGAGUUAGGUUAUCUUCUGCAUCAUCUUACUGUAAUCAAUCACAGAAUUGUGUGAAAAAUGCCACGUCAUAAUUAUAUCUUACAAUUAAUGUAAUUAAAAAUAAUUGUGAACAGUACUUUUAGCAGACACAAAAAUAAGCAGUCCCAAAAAAUGAGCAGACACCAAAAUAAGCAGACACAAAAAUAAGCAGUCCCAAAAAAUAAGCAGUCCCAAAAAAUAAGCAGACACAAAAAUAAGCAGUCCCAAAAAAUAAGCAGUCCCAAAAAAUAAGCAGUCCCAAAAAUAAGCAGUCCCAAAAAUAAGCAGACACAAAAAUAAGCAGUCCCAAAAAAUAAGCAGUCCCAAAAAAUAAGCAGUCCCAAAAAUAAGCAGACACAAAAAUAAGCAGUCCCAAAAAAUAAGCAGUCCCAAAAAAUAAGCAGUCCCAAAAAUAAGCAGUCCCAAAAAAUAAGCAGUCCCAAAAAUAAGCAGUCCCAAAAAUAAGCAGUCCCAAAAAAUAAGCAGUCCCAAAAAUAAGCAGACCCAAAAAAUAAGCAGACACAAAAAUAAGCAGUCCCAAAAAAUAAGCAGUCCCAAAAAAUAAGCAGUCCCAAAAAAUAAGCAGACACAAAAAUAAGCAGUCCCAAAAAAUAAGCAGUCCCAAAAAAUAAGCAGUCCCAAAAAAUGAGCAGACACAAAAAUAAGCAGUCCCAAAAAAUAAGCAGACACAAAACGCAUAGAUUGCUCAUAUUAGAUACUGAAGGUUGCUCAGGUUAUACCAAAAUUCCACUCAUUGCUCAUAUUAUCCCUCAAUUUAUUUUCAGCGGCUCUGGAACCCAACGUCAAAAAAAGCUAUCAAUAAAAGAGCCAAUCUCAAAAAUCUACUACCAUGAUCCGUCAAAAACCGAAACUUUGGACUACAAUCCGAAUCCUAAGCCUAAGAAUAAGCCUAAAUCAAGCCUGACUCGAAUCGAAAGUAUACCAAAAGGGAUUCUCAAAAAAUCCACGAGUUUUGCGAUUUACGAAGAAAUCGAUGGUGAUCAUUUGGAACCGAUGCCUGUUGAUAUACGGCCUGAUUUACCGGACCGAAAACCGAUUAGGGCUUGGGAUUAUUGGUAGGCUUUUUUCAGGCUUUUCAGGCCCAAAACCCUCUAUUUUUGCAGCACAACAAUCGAAAGACGAAAAAAAUUGCCAAGUUUGCACCAGUCCAACUCUUUCGCCUCGUAUUUUUUGAGAAAAAUUAAUUUUUGA